UCACGAGAGGUGGUGCUGUGUUGUGUUGACUUUUGUGGAGGUUUCUUUUAAUUUUUUUAACGUUAUUAGUUAAAUGUGCUGCAAUUAUAUGUAGAUAGUUUCUACAACUUUCAAGAAUGUCCGAUUUGGGAAGGUUCAGCAGUCGGGAACGUUUAAUAAACGCAAAUGCCAGGUCUAUCAAGAUUAGGCCGCCCUACAACAGGCUGUACGUGGCCGUGUUGGCAUGUGUUGCGGGACUCGGAGGCUUCCUCUUCGGGUAUGAUACUGGAGUUGUGUCUGGUGCAAUGAUUCUCCUGAAAGAUGACUUCGAAUUAAGCAUUUUGUGGCAGGAACUUAUCGUUAGCGUGACAAUUGGGGCUGCAGCUAUUUCUGCGCUUAUUGGUGGAGUACUGAACGACCGUUUUGGCAGACGCCCUGUAAUCAUUACAUCAAGCAUAGUUUUCUCUUGCGGAUCUUUAGUGCUGGGUUUUGCACAGGACAAGCAAACAUUGCUGAUUGGUAGAAUUAUCGUUGGAGUAGGGAUAGGUCUCGCAUCAAUGACAGUGCCAAUGUACAUAGCAGAGGCAUCCCCAAGUCACGUUAGAGGGCGCCUUGUGACCGUCAACAAUUUGUUUAUCACUGGCGGUCAAUUAGUUGCCAGUAUUGUAGAUGGACUUUUCUCUGAAAAUGCUGAUAAUGGUUGGAGGUACAUGCUAGGCCUAGCUGCAGUGCCAGCAAUACUACAAUUGAUAGGGUUCCUGUUUUUACACGAGAGCCCACGGUGGCUUGUUAUACACGGCCAGUACCAAGACGCUAAAGGGGUUCUAGGCAAAAUUUAUGGUGAGAAUAAUUAUGGCGAUGAGUUUGAAAGUAUACGCACCAGUGUGGAGGAGAUAAAAAAGGCAGAACAUGGUGGCAAAAAACACUUGCUAAAGAACAUAUUUAAAGAUCCAAGAGUUAGACAAGCAUUAAUUGUUGGCUGUGGCUUACAGAUGUUUCAGCAGCUUGCCGGCAUAAACACUGUCAUGUAUUAUAGUGCAACCAUUAUACACAUGGCAGGAAUCCAAGCAACCUCUCUUGUUAUCUGGUUAGCAGCGGCAGUCGCAUCCGUCAACUUUAUAUUCACUGUGUUUGGUCUCUUGCUUGUUGAUCGACUUGGUAGGAGAAAGCUUUCUAUCAUAAGUAUGGCAGGGGUUGUUUUUGCUCAUCUAUUCCUUGGUGCCAGUUUCCAGUUAGCUUCAAUGGAUUCACCACCUGUAGACAUUAUUAAUAACAAUACAAUAUGCCACUAUAGCACAUGUGAUGGAUGUAUACUUAAUUCACAAUGUGGAUUCUGUUAUGAAGAACUCAACAACACAAUUUUUGAUGGAGCCUGUAUUUUAGGUACUCAGAAGCAAAACCUUAGCAGUUGUGAUUCAGAUUGGGCCUUUGAUUACUGCCCAUCAGCUUUUGCUUUUCUGGCAGUUGUUGGCAUGGUUCUUUACCUGAUGUUCUUUGCUCCAGGAAUGGGAACAAUGCCGUGGACGGUCAAUUCUGAGAUCUACCCACAGUGGGCGCGCAGUACUUGUAACUCGUUCUCUACAUUCACCAAUUGGAUGUUUAAUCUUCUCAUAUCAAUGACAUUCCUCAGUCUUACACAAGCUAUUACUAGACAAGGAACCUUCUAUUUAUAUGCUGGAAUUUCCACACUUGGGUUAAUAUUCAUCAUUACGUUACUCCCUGAAACCAAAGGUAAACGUCUCGAGGACAUCCAGCAAUUAUUUGAUCAUCCAUGCGUGUUAUGCGCCUCAGAAGAUGACACACCUGAUGUCCGCUAUGUUCGAGUUACACCACACAGGGACGCAGAUGGAUCAGAUGAUGAUGGUAGGAUUAGUGUGGUUAAGCACAGACCGUAUAGCAGUCAGUACGGUACCUUACAUUAAGGCUAGAGGUUCGACAACAUUUGCUACAAGAAGAUAAUGAGGAUGAAGAAGAGAAUGACGAAUUUGACACCAGGUAUCCUGUGGCCACCUGACUAGAAUAGAUUGACAGACUUAUGCCAUUGUCGGUUAUUGUAGCAGAUAAUAUGCAGGUCUAUUAUUUGGGAGUGCAUACCCCAUAACUCACCGAUUUUUAUCAAUGUAAAAUGAUUUUUAAUAAUAUACUGCAUAAAAUUUGAUAGUGUAUGGGUUUGCGUUGGGAUGUUUGUUUAAAAGUGAUGAGAUGCCUUAAAAAGUACACUCAGUUUAUUAUCAAAUCCUGCGAAUGAAAACAUUGUCAAUCAGAAAGACACUGACAUACAUCAUAUUUUGAUAAUUGUCAUAAAAGUACAAACCUAAUGUGGGUGGUGGGUGAGGUAGCAGUGUUGUAUGCUUUUAUGCAUAGGAUCUCAAAAAUCUCAUACUAUGAUCUCAAAAUUAAAAGCACUAUUUUCUUGUGUAGUCUUUCAGGAGAGAAACAGAAAAGCAUUAACUUUGUAUUGUCUUCAAAAUUAUGAAAAUAUAAAGGCUCUAAAUGAAUUUAUGGGCCAAUUUGAGUACUAAUAGUUAUUUCAUAUUAAUGAUUGCUGAAUUUGUCAUGAGUAGUGCAGAUAUAGCUCAUGGUUAGGAUGCUUGCCUUCCAAUCCCAGGUCCUGGGUUCAGUUCCUGUGCAGCACAGACAACAGUCAGUUAUAUUCAUAUAGCAGCUAGACACAUGGGUUUUUCGGUAUCCCAGCAUACUUGGUCAGCCCAAGAUUAUGAUCACUGAAGUUAAGGAAAAGGUAGGAGAAUAACUUGCAUUGUCAUUGUGGAGAGUUGCUUAUGGGCAUGGUCUGUAGCUUAAUUUUCACAUCAUUGCACAGUGACAGGGGCUGAAAUGAACCAUUGUAUUGGGGUAAUCCCCCACUCAUUUGAAAGAUGCAGAGGGUCAUGAGCCCGAUGUAUACACUGGACCUAUGAUUUUAAGUCCUUAUCCAAGAAGACUUGAUUCUACCAACUGAACCCUGGACGAGGAGCGGCUCAAAUCUGUGCCGGUGUUAACUUGGAAACUGAAAUCACAACACACAAGCAGUGGUGGCACUAGUGGAAAUUCUUCAAACCCCGUUCUGACAGGUUUUCACCCUGAAUAUAUCUCUUACAGCCACCACAGCUCCCAAGUUGUCAUUGUAUCUAAUAAUUACUGAUUUGUUUUACAUAGAGUUAAUUGCAACAUAGAGUUUAGAUCGCAAUAAUUAGGUGUAACUGUUUAAUGUUUAGUGUAUACAUAUAUUUUUAAAAGUAGGUUUGCUGCAUAGCAUAGUAAACACAAUAUAAAAAAUUGUUUUUAUUUUUGUAUAUUAUAAUAUUAUAUGUACUAUUGGUUUAGAGCAGAGCUGUAUCUUGAUGGUUAAUAUGCUUGCCUUGCAAUCCUAGGGUCCUGGGUUCAAAUCCACUCCCUAAGCCUCAUAAUGUGACAUUGUAUAUGUAAAGCAUCUUGUGUGUUUGUCUUGUGUUAGAAAUUUCCACUUAGACAAUAUUCAGUUUGCUAAUUUUGCAAUCUUUGGCCUAUUGUGCCUAAAUAAUUAAAUAUAUGAUAUAUAUGUACUAAGCUCAGAGAAGAAAAAUACUGAUGAAAUGACAUUUUCUUAACCCACUAAAAACAGGUCUGGAGUUAAAUUGAUAGACUAUACAUUGUGUUUUUGGUAUGGAAAAUGCCAAAGGUCAUGAGACCGGGAAAGGCGGAAUACCAAAUGCUUGUCCAUUGGUGGCUCCAGAGGUUUGCCAACAAGGGGUCUAAUUAAUCCUUCAUGAGGGUUUAAACCAAAAUUAACAUUCAAAAGAAAUGGUGAUAAGCAAUCUGUCUUAUGUGAUUGAAAAAAAAUCAAUAAAACUUAGGGUCUCCAUGGUUACAUUGAUAUUCUUUAAAGUUUAUGUGAUGAAAAAGAUUAAAGUUGUGGUUUCUAUGGUUACAAUGAUGAUUUAUAAAGAUCAAGAUAUAAAGAGAUAUAAUUGGAUAUUUAAUCUCAAUAUAAAAAUGGAUUGUGCUAAUGACGUAUUUGAACUCGGAGCUAUAAAUGGCAUCAUUUUGUGUUCAAUGGUGAAUAAUAUGAGAAUCCACAGUAGUAAUAUUUGCCGUAUAAUAUUUUUGUAUACACAAUUUGCAUAGCAGAAAAAAACUAUUGAUCCUAAAUUUUCUCACUAUUGCCAGACGCAUUAAGGGGAGACUUUUUUUUAAACCUUGAGGAGGGCGGGAAAAAAAAAAUAAAUUUAGUUUUUUGUUAUUUAGCAAAUUGUUUUUCCAAAAACAUCCAGAUGAGGGAGAAAAUACAAUUUUAUUGGUGAAUAUAAACAGUGUAGUAAUGGGAUGGUUAAAUGCUUUAAAUGUAUGUAAUUAGGAAGAAAUACACAUCUUAUUUUUGGGGAUUUCAGCAGCGGGCGUAAUAAAAAAAACUUUUUUUUUCUGAAAUUUCCAUUUUUUUGUGGCGGUGGGUGCAUUAAUUGGCCGAAAAUAAAAUUUAUUUUAUUUGAAAUCAUUAUUAUUGGCAUUCGACGAGUUCACAAAAUAAGGUAUUAAAAAAGUCUUGUCUAAGGAAUAAACAAACUCCAGUCUUACAAAUAGAAAGUAAUAGCUGAUAAUUGAUAUGUUUCAAUCUGCGCCACACAGUACUCCUAAGUUAUUUUUUCAUUACCAGUGGCGGAUCCAGGAAUACAAAAUAGAGGGGUCCAGGGGGGGGACUUCGACAGAUGGAGGGGGUCUAUACCACCUCAGCCUGACCACGUUUGGGGCUAGUAAGAAAAUUUACGAUUGUCGCCUCUAGAUGGCUAGAAAUGGCACUUGAAAUUGAAAUGACUUGAAUGACUUGAAAUUUGAAUGUAAUUUUCUUUUUUCUCCAAUUUUUAAACAUUUUGGCAAAAUUUAGGGGGCCCUCCCCCCAACACCUUAAAUCUGCCACUGAUUACUCUACUAUACAUUGCUUUUUUUUUUUUUUCAGAUCUCAGGAUAAUUUAAUACAUUUUAAUACAAAAACAGGGAUUAAUGCAAGCAUACCAUUUUACGUUAAAAUGUAAAGAUAGUGAUUUAACUACUUUGUGGAUGCACAGUACUUAUGAGAUUAUGUGCAAUUAGAAAAUAUCUCAAUAGUUUUAAUGAAAAUUCUAUUAUAAUAUUCAGUUUCAAUAAACAUAGUCCUAUAUGGUCUGUUCAUAAAACAUAGUAAAAAAUACCUCAAUAAUUCAUUCAAAACGUUAAG